UCUUCGCUUCACCAUUUUGGAUUGAGAAAAUUCGCAGAAAUAAGUGUAUUUUCCGCCGUAAAUCGUGCAAAGAACAGAGAAAAAUAGUGAAAAUCGAGUAGAAAACGAACUCGCGAACACAGCAAACUAAUUAGGUUGUCGCAAAACUAUCGAAAUAUCCGACUUUCACAAAUAAGCCGUGUCGUGCAACGAUUCCAAGAAAAUUUUCAAGGCACCGAAUUUCGGAUUCAAAAGCCCAAGAAGAUAGCGUUAACGCUCCGUGGAGCCACAAAGAUAGAUAAAUUUCUUCUGUACUACUUCUAACAUCGUCGUCGACCAAGUGAGCUGAACAACAUCAUCGCCAUCAAAAUUAAUAAAACCAACUUACGAAAAGAAUUAUAAGUUAAAAAUUGGUUAAAAGUGAAAUUACAUACGUAUCUGCGUGUAUAUCUGUGUUUGUCAAACAAAAAAAAAAGCGAAGAGAUUAUAAUAGCAAAAACAAAAAACUAAAUAGCAAACAAAAAAGUGUCAAAAAUCAAAAGCAUAAAUCGACGAUUGCUCAGAACAGACCAAAAGAAUUAUUGUAUAGUAGUAUAAAGGCCUUGUGGGGGGAAAGGUUUUUGCUAAUGAAGAUUAAUUGGCAGCAUGAGUUCAUUGGGGGGAAGUAGGGGGGAGCGAAAUGCAAAGCCCAAAUUCUCUGCGUUAGACAUAAAUAGUCUUUAUCGAACAAGUCGUGGCGAAUCAUUAGAACCUUCACAACAAAAAAACACUGUACCACGUAAACAUGGAAUGCAAAGCCUCGGAAAGGUUCCUUCGGCUCGGAGACCUCCAGCCAAUCUUCCAUCCCUGAAAGCUGAAACAUCAUCUCCUACUGAAUCUUCUACAACUGCUAACGAUCAUCAAACAUCAACAAGUAUUAUUUCGGCAUCUAAAACAUCUCCGCAGCAACAAAAACAACACUCUUCUAAUAGUUUCUCAGCAGUGCAAAGUCAAAGUAACAACAAUAAUAAUAAUAGUCAUCAACAAACAAAUUCUGGAAAUUCGUCUGAUCGUAAUUCAAACAGUAAUUCGACAACAUGGAGCUCUGUAACAACGGGAGGAAUACAACCGCAAGAAGGUCAACCGCCAUUGUAUCAGAGUCCCCAAUUUCAACACGAGUUCCCAUCAUUGGAUGGGACUACGCCCUCUGGCUCGAAAUCGAAUCAGGCACAAACGAAUGCAAGCGGCGGAAAUUCUCAAAACAAUCAACAUCAUCAAACAAGUGCAAGUCAUCAGAGUUCUACGCAACAAUACGAUGGCCCUCAAAUGAGUUUACGCCCUCAAACAGAGCCAUCAACAUGGAUGCAGCAAAAUAUGUCAGGAAAAGGAGGAGGAGACGCUGUUGGAGCUGCGAAUCAACCAAAUUCACAACAGGCCCCGGGCCUCCAAGUUCCGCCUCAAUUAAAAGCUCUCAUGCCAUCAUUUAUGUAUCGUUCGGGCGGCGUAAAUUUCUCUUCGCCUACAUCAAAUGUCGGAAGUAGUUUUGGUCUUCCAUCGUCUCAACAACAAAAUAACAACAGUGGCAAUAACCAAAACAAUUAUCGAGUUAGAAAUUUUGGCAAUUCUGGAAACAGUAAUAAUAACAAUGAUCAUCCAUCAUCGUAUCAAGGAAGGCGAAGCGGAAACAAUUCUGGAAACAGUAAUAAUGAUCAUUCAUCAUCGUAUCAAGGCAAAUCAUUGCCUCCACGUUUACAGAAUCAGCAGAAUCGAAACUAUGAUGAUUAUCGUGGACCUCCGCCUCCCUUAUUAGAACCCGAAGCGAUAAUUCAUCGCCCAAUUAUUCGUGACGAAGAGCUCGAAAGAAUUGAAAACAUCGCAAAAGACGAUGGAUGGGCGAAAGAUGAUACCAUCGAUUACAACCAAAAGUUAAAUUUUUCCGAUGAUGAAAUUGAUCCGCCAUUAUCAACUGCAUCGACGAUGAACAAAGAUCGCCCAAAACAAAUUGACAACAAAGAUGAUAAUAAUAAAAAAAUGAUUUCCGAAGAUGAAAAACGACCAUCAUGGGGAAAAGAUCGUCAUGAAAAUCGUGAGUCUCGUUAUUCACAAAAUGGAGUUGAUCGACGUCCUGUCGGAGCAUUAGAUACCGAAAUUAUCGAAAGAGUAAAACAACGUCGUGAAGAGGAAGAAAAGCGCGAAAUGGAACGAAGACAAGCAGCUGCGAAAAAACUACAAGCUCUCGAAGAAAAGAUUCAUAGCAAACGUGCAAAUGUCUCUGAAGAUUCAGAUAAUGCAACAUCAACAUCCAUUACACAAGGUAUGCAAAAAUUGGAUGUUGGCAGCAAACAAGAAAGGCAUGUCAAUCAAUAUGGCUCGAAAGAAACAUACGACAGGCGUGAUAGAUACGACAAAUAUGAACGUACAGAGAGGGAUUCUCGAGGAACAACUGAUUCACGUGACAGAAAUUUUCAGUCAAAUUUGCCUCCGCGUUUCCAACGACAACAACAUGGAUCUGAAAGUCGUUCAGAAAGAGUUGAACGCUUCGAAAGAGGAAGUAAUUCAUCAUAUCGAAGCACCGCAACUGGAAAAGAAUUGACAAAUACAACAACAGCAAGUUCAGCAACAAUUACAGCAGCAACAAUUACAUCAAUAAGUGACACUAAAAAUGUUCCGUUUGCACAACAAUACGACCCCAGAUAUAUUCAUCAAAAUAUGAGUAAACAAUUGCUCCAACAAAAACGACGUUCUGAUGAAUUGUUGGUACAGCAUUCUGGAGGACGUCGCAGUAACGAAACUCGCGGAAGACUCGAUUCAGAUCGAGAAGAUUAUUUUACAUCGCGAAAAAUUAGUGUUUCGAGCAGUGAUGCUGAUAAAGCAACGAACACUGUUAGCGAAAAAUCGACUUCUCGUGAAAGAAUAACGUCAUGGGUUGAUGAGUUAGAAGAUAAUGAAAAAUCUGACACGUACACAGAAAAACAAAAACAAUUAAUGAAGAGUAUUGAUGCACACUCAACUUCCGAUUAUGAGCCCAAACAAAUUCUACAGCGAUCAAAAAUAUCCGUUUCUGAUGACUCAUCGUCAACUUUGAACAAAUCUCUUGGAAACGUUGAAGACAGGCACGACGAGAAAUCCGAUUUGAAACGAGGAAGCGAGUCUCCUAAAUCAUGGGCGGAUCAUUCAGCGAAUUUAGACACGUCAGUUGAUAAGGGAACAGAUGAAAGUAAUUCGAUUAUUAGUAAAAAAGAUAAUGAAAUGGAAAAGAAGAAACCGUCUUCUUCAUUCAAUGAUGAUCAAAGAAGACAUGAUAAACGAAUUGCAAGAGGAGGAACACGUGAUAAUGGAGGACAACGUCGUUUUGACUCGAAUCGUGAUUCCGCACGAGAAUCAAGAGGCGGAAGAUCGGGAUAUGGAUCUUCAUCUUAUGGAAAUCGUGGAUCGAGUUCUCAUUGGAAUCGACGUGGUAAGAGCGGUGCAUAUGGGCGAUAUGAAAAUAUGGAUUAUUACAGUGAAUCUGAAGGAUCUGAUUAUGAAGAUGACUAUGAUAAAACAAAAGGCAAAGGUGCGAAAGAUGUAAAAACUCGUGAAGGAUUCGCAGCACGCGGAGAACCUUCAAGACGUGGUCGAGGAGCGAAUUCUAACUUGCAAUAUAACCGACGAGGACAAAUGCAUGGUUCUGGAAAUACGAAAAGAAUCGAUAAUUAUGGACCGCCAAGUAGCAAAAGUCCAUUUGCUGGAAGCGACGAUCAAAAAAAUGACUAUACUGAUCGUGAACGAAAAAAUUCUGAACACAGCACAUCUGCAGAAGAUAAGUCAAAGUCGAAAAUGAUGAAGACAUCCAAUACAAAAGCCGAUUCUUCUUCUCACAAAAUUAAUGAUGAAAAAGAUGCAAAUGAAGAGCAAAAAUCUUUUAAAAAUGAUGAAAAGAAAGAUGAACAAGAACAUCGUAAGAUUUUUGGAGGAGGAAAACGAGAAGACGGUGAUCGAUCUUAUAGCAGUCAAUAUAAUCGUGGAAACAACACUCAUCAAGCAAGAAAUUCUUCUUCUAAUCCAUCUUUACAAAAAUCUCAACAACAGCAGAAAGACGAUCGUUCGAAACCACUUUCUAAGCCUCCUGGGCUUUCUGUUAAACCACGAACGAAGACAAACAGCACCUCAAGUGUUGGAUCAAAUAGCGAACGCGAAAACUCAAGACCGCAAACUCAACGUUCAAACAGUAAUAAAGAUGUUCAAUUGCAACGAGGAAAUAAUAAGAACCAAUCAGGAAUUGAAAGUCAAGCUGCAAAUACCGGAAAUAAAGCCGGUAGUCAUUGGGAUUCGAAGAAAGUUGACAAUACACAAGAAAAAUCUAACGUUGACGAUGGGCAACAAUCAUCUUCAACUGGACAACAGCAAACAAGUGACAUUGCUAUUAGUUCAAAGAGUGAAGGAAAUAAGCAAGUCUUGGAUGGAACAACACCUCCUGUCAACACGAUAAUUUUUGAAAAUACAAAUUACAAGACAAACCCUAUUAGUACAUCGACUGUCUCAUCUCAACAAACUUUAUCGAAUCAAACAGCUUCAAUUAAACGUAAUACAAUGUCUGCUAAUGGCAGUCAAAUUACAGGAAAUUCCCAAAAAUUGCAAGAAGAUGUAUUUAAGGCUACUGUUCCAACGUCUGCUUCAAUUUCAGAUAUGAUGGAGCAACGAGCUCAACAAGCAGCUUCUGCAAUGCAAAAAUCUCAAGAACAAGCUCUUAACUCUGCAUUACAAAGUAUCGAUUUCAAUAAAGCUGAUGUUGAAUACGAGAAGGAUAUGAAAUUCAAUUUUACUUUUGGAUCGGAUUUGUCAUCGCAAAUAACAUCAAAUACUGAAGUUGAUAAGAGUAACAAACAACAACAAGCCAAUUUACAGAAAGCGAUGCAACAUGUCGCCGGUAACGUGCAAAGUAACAUAAUUUCGGGCUCUACAGUGGAUUUAAACAUGAAAAUCGCGAGUGUAAAGAAAGUUUGGGACGUAAUGCCAACCGUUAUGGAACACGCAAAUAACGAUGCGGUUGUUGAGAGUGCAGCAGCUCAGAUUGCAUCAAACGUUGCUUCAUUCCAACAUCAACAUCAGCAUCAAUUACACCAAUUUGCACAAUCUCACGUAAAUAUGUCACAUGUGCAACAUGCUCUUUCCUCAUCUAACAAUUAUUCCAACUUCGGUCAUGAUCAAAGUGCACUCGAUCAUUUCAAUAAGGCGACUGUCAAUGAUCAGGGAAUUGGAGGUAAUGACGAAAACUCAUAUAUUUCCGGUAAUUCAUCGACAAAUCAACAUGCAAAUGUAGGGCAAACUCAAGGACAAAAUCAAGGACACAACCAGAGUACAAAACACGUGUCGGAAGUAUUAGGAAAUAAUGCAAAUAUUUGUAAAGUCAAAUUAUCGCAACAGCAAUUGCAACAGGCCUCUGGAUUAUCUGGAUUAUCUCCGCCUCCCCAAAUGCAAGGCACUAUUCCAACAGCCCCCCAAUCGUACUAUCAAGCUGCGUCACAAGCUUAUGGAAUGUCGGCUAUUCCUUCACCGCCAGCUGCUGUUGUCUAUAAUCAAUCGCAAGCAGGAAUGUAUAAUACAUUCCAAAUUGAAGCUGGUCGUUCACAAUUUUCGCAAUAUCCAACACAUUAUGGGGCAACGGGAAAUGCUCCAUACGCAAAUUAUAUGCAAACUCCUCCAUCAAUGCCGACGACACCCGCGCACGCUGAAAUGUAUCAAAAUGCUUUUAGAACAAUGGGAGGAACUGUUCAAACUCCAUUCAAUCAAUCGCAACAAAUGAAUAAUCCAAGCACUGUUUUAAUCUCAUCGACAUCUAACACACUUAUGUCGACAUCCGUCAAACCUCCAUCACAAAUUGGUGCAAUUGGAUCAAAGUCUGGGCAACCGUAUGGAACUCAACAGUAUAUGGGAGUUUAUCCGCAACAAGGUCCGAUACAAAACAACAGUUUUUAUUCUAAUACAGCUGGACAACAAACGAAUGCAGCUUUCUUUGGAACAGCAGCGGCAGGUACAAUACAAAAUUACGCAGGAAUAUUUGGCGGGCAUGGAACAGGUCCAUCAAAUGCGCCACAGGCACAAUUCGGAUCACAAUAUCCGCAACAAUAUCGAGGUCCAAAUGCCGGAAACAAUUCACAACAGGCAGGAUCUGCAUAUAUAAAACAGGGAGGACAAGGACAAAAUAACGCAGGACAAUCUCAACAAGGAGGUCCACAAACCAUGCAAGACUCUGCUGUUUCAAGAGGAUCAUCAAAUAAUGGUACACCAGAUUCACAUUCAACUCAACAACAAUCUGCACAAUCAAGUCCAUCGCAACAUAUGAAAAAUUUUUCAGGAACAAAUUGGGACCUACAAAAUCAGAUUUUUCAACAGCAACAACAACAAAUUAUAAAUGCGAGUCUUUUCCAUCAACAUCAAUAUCAACAAACUGUUCCUCCAAUACCACCCAUUCAACGUCCAAAUAAUAAUUUUGAUCGCAUGAAUAUGCAAAUGCCUGCUCAACAAUAUUAUUCAAACAAUCGAGGUCAAACAAAUCAAACGAUGUCUACAAAAAAGGAUGAGUCUAAAAACUGAAAGUUUCUCGUGUUUUAACAUAUUCUUCAUCAUCUUUACAUAUAAAAAAUAUAUAAAAGAUUAUUAAAAUAAAAAAAAUAAUAAUAUCAAACACAAAUACAAGUGUAAAGAAACUUCAGUUCCACUUAAUUAAUUAAUUAAUAUUAUUCUAUCUUUAAGAUUAUAUUAUUCUCUUAAAAAUGCAUAAUAAUAACGGAAAAUCUAUGAUAUCUGUUCUGUAAAUAAUAAUUGCAUAUACUUAUAAAUAUUUGGAAAUAAUUAAAAAAAAUAUUCAAAUAAUUCUAAGGAAACAAAAUUAUAUGAGAUUCAAA